AUGCAGAGCGUGCCGAGCGAGACGACGCUCAACUCGGAGCCAUAUAAGAGCAAGGACAACAUGACGAUGGGACGGAACGAAAAGUCCACGGAGUUUUCUGACAACUCGGAUGCGUCAAACAUCAAGGAGGAAUACAUGGAGCAGAAGGAAGAAUUCGAAAAAAAAAUGUGUGGAACGAUGAACGAUAAGUUAAACCUAUACGACAAUAUCGUAAGCGAGAUAAAGGAGCUCUACAAUGGAAACAUAGUUAUGAACAAUAAAGGAGUGGACCGCCUGAACAUCCGAAAUGUAGCCAAGGGAUUGUUCCUCAGUAUUAAUAAGACUAUUUCAAAGAAGGUGCGUGUUUUAGUCAUAGGAAAUUCCUCAUCAGGGAAAAGCACAUUCAUUAAUUGGUUUUUACAAGAAAACAUUCAGAAGACAGGGUACGAAUUUGAGACAAAUCAUUUUACAUUGAUCACCAGUGGGAACUAUUACUCCGAGUUCAACGGAGAGGUAACGAUUAAAUCGUUUGACUUCCUAAAGCAGAUUGCCACACGAAAUAGAAACUUUAAAAAUAAUUUAUGCACAAAAAUGUACGUAAGUAAAAAUGUGGAAACAAAAAAUAUCGAUUUUAUUGAUACACCAGGGCUGAAAGAUAUUAUGGACAAAAUCGAUUUUGAUAUUAAUAGCAUCAUUUAUGAUUUGGCUGAUUAUGUCGAUAUCAUUUUGGUUUUCUUUGACUCUUCCGGGAAGUCACUAAGUAAUCGAUUACUCCUUAUCAUUAAAGAGAUUUAUGAAAAACAUAUAGAGAAAAUAUUAUUUAUUUUUUCCAAAAUUGAUGAAAUAAAACAUGAACAAGACAGGAUAAAGUUGCUGUGCCAGACGACUCAGUGUCUGGCGAGUAAAAUAAACAUACGAUACAAUAUCGAUUUGGUCCCUAUUUAUAUUUAUGGGGCUAAGAAUGGGAGAUACCUCUUUGAGGGCGCGAGAAAUGAUGACGAUCUCUGCAUUGUCAACCGGAUGGGUGACAUCAUUUAUGAGAUCAAGAAACUUUUUUUCAAAAAAUUGGAGAAGGACCUCUACUGCCUCGUCAGCGACUGCGACUGUAUUAUUAAUAAGAUUCUGGACAUCUUGAAGACGGACGGGGAGAGGCGCGUCCACAAGUCAGCCCUCAGGCGCGAGCGCAUAAAACACACCAUCAUCCAGGUGUUCACCCUCGUUGCGUUUCUAUUCUUUCUCUGCACGCAUCUCUCCGUGCACACCUACUACAAGGACGUCCUGCUGAGAUACGUUGACGUGUCGACAAAUCGCUUUUACAAAAAUUAUGUCAUAAACACGGGAAUCCUUCUUAACAGUUGGGAAAACUCCUACCUGAUGAUCAACAUGGCCCUGGUCUUCUUCUUCCUCCUGAGCGGGAUCAUGAAGAAGAAGUUCACCAAGAAUAUCAAAAUUCUGCACGUGUCAAGCAAGGAGAUACUCAGGGAACAACUCACCUUUGCCAAGUUCGCCAAAGACAGGGGGAAGUACUUGGCCAAGACCUUCUACGAGUUGAAGCAGAGUUGA